AUGAUAACUUGUAUUAGUUACACUUGUUUUUUUCUUGACCGGCUCUCCUUUGCUCAUCAUGAUAUAGAAACCAGCUAUGUAAAGGAGAAGUUUGAAAUUGAUUUGGACGAGCAUUACGUGAAAGAUAGUGUUGAGGAUAUUUUGAAAAAUAGAAGCCGACAAUGGCGUUACAAGUUAAAACAGCUAUUUGAAAGUGCACGUUCCGAGGAAGAAGCUCGUAAAAUUGAAGUGCCAGAGUUGACCCGAGAAAAUUGGAAUAAGCUUUGUGACAUGUGGGCUGAUCCAGAGCAUAAGAAACGAUGCGACAUAAACAGGGCCAAUCGAAGUAAGCUUAAAACUAAUCAUUUCAUGGGGUCAAAAGCGUUUGUACCUGCUCGCGCUGAACUUGCUGAAAAUGGAGUAGAGCCUGACAGAAUCGAGUUCUACAAGCGUACUCAUUACUCGACUGAAAAAGGAUGGUCAUCUCUAGAGGCUAAGAAUCACUAUGCAAGAAAAUUAAAAAUUUACUGUCCACUCAAUCCAGUCUCUCCAAAGGCCUAUUGUUCGCGCAGCUUUGCUCUUGCAGAUGAAUAUCAGCCACACCAGGCUGUCCAGAAAUCCAAACAUAUACCUCCUAUACAACUGUACUCAUCAAAACUGGAAUAA